GGAAGAGAGUGAAAAUGAGUGGCUUUAGCGCCAGUGCGUUGAUCUUCCUGACGCUCGUGUGUGUCUCCAGUGAACCCACACCCAAGCCGCAGCUGGAUUUGCCUCCGCUGCCGCCCAGCUCCUCGACUCCCGAGCCAGAGCAGCCCACAGUGCUGCCCAACAGCUAUGCAGGCGAGCCAGAGGAGGAGGCGCGAUCCUCGAGGGAUUACGACAGCGAUCGCAGCCAGAGAUUCGGCCCUCCUUACGAGAACGACGACGCUUACUAUCGCGAUCGCGGCAGAUACAACGAUCGGCCUUAUAAUUAUGAUGAGCGAAUGAAGUAUAGUCGCGACGACGAUCGAUACUACGCCAAUCCAGGAUAUCCAGGAUCGUCUUACAACAACGACGAUGAUCGCUACUACGCCAACAGAGGCCGAAAUCCCGGAUCGAAUCCCUACACUCAAGAUGACGAGAAGUACUACAGGCAGAAUCCGUACGACGAUCGCUACAGGGAUGAUCGCUACCGAGACGAUCGCUACCGAGACGAUCGCUAUCGAGACGAUCGCUACCGAGACGAUCGGUAUCGAGACGAUCGCUAUCGCGAUGAUCGAUACAGGGACGACCGGUACGGAUACGACCGGGAUCGCGGCUACCAGCAGCAGAACGACCGAAUCGCCCGGUAUCUGGAGGAAGUGGACAGAAAGAGCUCCGAGGAGUGCUUCCUCAACGUCGCGGCUCAGUGGAACUUCGAGACGAACGUCAAUGAGGCGACGCAACUGGAGGCACUCACCGCCCAGCAGCGCUACUCAGAGUUCCAGCGCGCCAUCUGGGACAAGAUGAAGUUUGUGGACAGGAGCACCAUCUUCGACGAUAGCCUGUGGCGACAGGUGAACCUGAUGGGAAUCAUCGGCGCCAGCGCUCUGCCACCGGCUGAGCUGGACAGGUACAAUCGACUGAUAAAUGAUAUGCUUGUGAUCUACAAUGGGGCGUCGAUUUGCGGCUAUGAGCAGCCCUUCCACUGCGGAUUGCGCCUGCAACCGCAUCUGAAAGACAUCAUGGCGAAGAGCCGAGAUUGGGAAGAGCUCACGUGGAUUUGGAUUGAGUGGAGGAGGAAGUCCGGACGAAUCAUGAGGGAGCUUUUCGAGCAACUCGUUGAUCUAACAAAUGAAGCUGCAAGAUGGAACAAUUUUACCAAUGCUGAGGAAUACUGGAGCUUCCCAUUUGAGUCACUUUCCUUUCGGGAGGAGAUGGAGCAAGUGUGGAAUGAAGUGCUGCCGCUCUACGAGAUGAUUCACGCUUACACCAGGAGAAAGCUGAGGGAGUUCUACGGUCCAGACAAGAUCAACCGAAACGCUCCGAUUCCCGAUCACAUCCUUGGCAAUAUGUACGGCCAGAGUUGGUCCAACAUCCUGGAUAUUAUCAUACCCUAUCCAGGAAGGAGUUUCCUGGAAGUCACGCCCGCCAUGAACGCCCAAGGCUACACGCCUCUGGUCAUGUUCCAGCUGGCGGAGGAGUUCUUCGUCUCGCUCAACAUGACUCCGCUACCGCCGCAGUUCUGGAUCAAUUCGCUGCUUGAGGAGCCCCCGGAUAGGCCCGUGCUGUGCCAGCCAUCCGCCUGGGACUUCUGCAACGGCCAGGAUUACAGGAUCAAAAUGUGUACGACAGUGACGCACAAAGAUCUGAUCACGGCUCACCACGAAAUGGCUCACAUUCAGUACUUCUACAACUACAGGAACUUACCGAAAGUGUUUCGUGAUGGAGCAAAUCCAGGUUUCCACGAGGCGGUGGGAGACGCAAUUGGCCUGUCCGUGUCAACGCCGCGUCACCUGCAAACGCUGGGCCUGGUGCACAAAUCCGUCGACGACACGGCGCACGACAUAAACUUCCUGUUUGCCCUGGCCAUGGACAAGGUGGUCUUCCUGCCCUUCGCCUUGGCCCUCGAGGCGUGGCGCCUCGACAUCUUCAGCAAGAAGAUCAACAAGGAGCAGUACAACUGCCACUGGUGGCUUCUGCGCGAGCGCUACGGCGGCAUAAAGCCGCCGGUUUUGCGCUCCGAACUGGACUUUGAUCCUGGCUCCAAGUACCACGUGCCGGCCAACAUUCCCUACUCGCGGUAUUUCGUGGGAAUCAUCUUGCAAUUCCAGCUGCAUCGCGCCAUGUGCCUCGCCUCGCGACAAUUUGACCCCAGCGACCCCGAGAAGCCACUUCACAAAUGCGAUAUCUAUCGCCAUCCAGAGGCGGGAAAUCUCCUCAAAGACCUCAUGUCCAAGGGGGCCUCGCAGCCGUGGCGAGAAGUGCUGCAGGAGACGAUCGGCGAGGGUCGACUGGACGGAUCGGCACUCAGGGAGUUCUUCAAGCCACUGGAAGAGUGGCUGCGGCAGGAGAACCUGCGGAAUCAGGAGUUCGUUGGCUGGAUGUACGACGGAGAUUACUGCAAGCACAGCAUCGAGACGGCCAAUCUGCAGGUCAUCGGAGGAUUCUACAACAGCGUCCAAAGGCUGCGAGCUUCUCUGCACAUCAUCGCAGCUUCCCUGGUGGGAAUCCUUGGCAUUCAUCGACUUCUAGUUUGAGAGUGUUCCACAUUUCAUCCGUGACCAUGAUCGCGUGACGAACAGUCACAGAUUACCCACAUUUUCUGCAUAAAUGAGGCACACACAAAGAAGACAGAGGCGGCAAAAAAGCCAUCAGAAAUGCCGAGCAUCAUUGGCAAAGGAGGAAGAAAUAGGAAGAUCAGCGUUUCAGUGACCUUUGCAAUCGCAAAUCUUGCUGGAGAUAAACCAAAAGAUCACGCUCGGUUAUUUAUGCAAAACAUUCUACACCGUCAAAGAAUGCAAAUUCAGGACUCAAGGAAUUCCUCUCAAUCGUAAAAUCUCUGCAUAAAUCACGACAAAUUUGAGAUAUUAAAUUAAAACUGGAGAUGUUAUUCAAAUAUUUUGGCUCGUGUUUGCACUAUCAGCUAAGAAUAAACACAUUCCUAAUGAAAUAUCACUAGAAAUGGGGUCAAUUCGAUGUGACAAAUUCGAUGUGAAGAGGAAUUUCUUGAUCUUAAAAAUCAAGGCAAAUCUUAGGAGAAUCCACUUAUUUAGCAUAUCUUCCUUCCUCAAUUAAAACAAACAUGUUUUGGCGGUAUAAAACAUGGGUUUCUCGCUCUCUUGGCAUCACGCAGUCAAAAUAUAUAGUGGGUGAAAAUCUCUCUGGGAAUGCCUUUGAGAAGUAAUUCAUCAAGAAAAAGUGAAUUAUGCUAAAAUGUGGGAAAUAUUUUCCCUUUUCUCAAUUGUUGGAAACUUUUGCCGCAUGUUUCGCUGACGAGUCAUUGAAAUAUUGCAUAAAUUAUGCCUCAAUCUUCAAUGAGUUCAGUGUGUAUUGUCUCUCGUCGAUGCAUUUAAGAUAUGAAUAAAAAGAGAAGAAAUUUCGACGCCCCUGAUUGUCGCGUGAGGUCACAACGCGUCGUCCUUCGGGCAAAAAGCUCUCAAACGAUCUUCUGUGACUUUUCCAUAUAUCGUCUAUCUAUUUAAUUUAAUGUUUAUAUGUCUGUAAUCUUGUCUAUAAUUUAACAAGCUAAAAUAUUGUGUAGGAACAUAGAGAGGAAAAAUAAACCAUUCUGAUGUUUGUUAACUUGGAGGUGAGUCUCGCGAGA